UGAAAGAUCCGCUUCGUACCACUUCGGCAACCGAGACAUCAUUCAAGUUGCUAGUCCGAUCAAGGGAUGAAGAAGCUCAUGGUUUCCCCACAAUUUUGAGAUUAGACAAAACCAAAAGCCGCAACUAGUGGCUAGAAGCAGCCUCCUUGAAAGAUGAGAGUCUUGUUAAUUGCAGUCGGUAGCCGCGGAGAUUCGGAGCCGAUGUGUUCCCUGGCGGCAGAACUCGCCACCCGCAAGGAAAUUGCGUCGAUCGAACUAUUCCUCCAAACCGAUGCCGAGAGUCUCGUACCAAAGAACAAUGAUGAUGAAAGGAACAAAAUACAUUACCACGAACUUCCAUUUACCCAGAUGGAUUUCUACAAGUGGGCUGGCCAGAAGCGAGAGCCGCCACAAGCCGGAGCUGGUCACCCGAACCAGAGGGUGCAGUUCCUCGGGAUUGUUACCGACAUUAUGGGAGAACUUGUUCUGCCCAACUAUUCCCGUGUCAUGGAGACAAUAGUAUCCGAGGGGCCAAAGGUGGAUGUCAUUGUGGCGUCUUCGUUGGCACGUCAACUGGCCUUGGAAGUUGCGACUCAAGUCGAAAGCAGCAGCAGCAAGCCUGUGCCUGUCUACUUGGUCCAGCUACAAAACUUGGUUCCCACGAAAGACUAUCCCCACUACAGCCGAACGGAAGCUUGUGUGGAUGCUCUCACAGGAAAAGCCGGCGCCAAUACGGAUGAAAACAGGAACUCUUUUGUGGAGUUGGAACGACUCCAACUUGAAUUUUUGACCGCCCACGUGGAUCCAGUUCUUUCCAAGCUACCCAAUUACAAAAAGAAAGAAAAAGGAAUAGAUUUUGACAAUGACAUGUUGCCUAUUUUGACGGGGAAUGAGCCUGCUGAUGCCAGCUUGGAUGUCUGGAUGGUCAAUGCUGUCUCCACUCAUAUCAUCCCCGCAACGUCAGAUGCCGGUCCGAAGGUCAUCAAUGUCGGUAGUCUCUCCUGCAACUAUAUUCCAGAUGGCUUUGAGCCCCCUCAAGAUUUGGUGUCUUUUUUGGAGAAACACGCCGACAAUCCCCCAGUUUGCUUUGGAUAUGGAUCCAUGCCCUUUGGCCAAGCCCAAAUGAUCGUGGAGGCCGCAUUUGAGACGAAGCGACCUUCCAUUCUCAUUGGGUCCGCCAUGAUGGGAAUUUUGGCCUCUCUUCAAGAAUCAGCUGUAUCAGAAGAAGACAACGAAAAGGUUUCAUGGCUCAAGGAGAAUAUCCACUGCGUUUCCAACAUUCCCUAUCCCUGGUUGCUUCCAAAGUGUGCCAUGAUGUUCUGUCAUGGCGGUGCGGGCACAACGCAAUCAGUACUGCGAGCGGGGAUUCCUGCCGUCAUUUCCCCGUUGAUUGGGGAUCAGUUCUUCUUUGCCAAGUAUUUGGAGGCCAAGGGUUGGGGUGUUGCGUGUUCUGACUCCUUGACGGCCCUUUCAAAGGAAGCCAUUCUUGCCAGCUUUGAGAAGGCAGAAGCGUGUCAACCAGCUUGUAAGGUCCUUGGUGCUGCAAUGUCAUCUGGAGAACCAGCUAGUAGCAACAGUGGAAAGUAUGGCCCAGAACUGCUGGCUACAGCAAUGGUUGAACAUGUUUCCGCAUAAGGAAAUCGGUGCUACAGUAGAGGUCAGGUCACUGGUUUGUUUGAAGAAUAGAUACAAAGCCAGAACUGUUGAGAAGAAAGAACGAACUGUCGAAGAACUGUGAAUAUGAUAUGUGAGUGUUUCCAAAGCAGUUGCUCGAGUAGAUACCCUAAAAUAGAAGUGAACCUACAGGU